AUGGUUUUUCUAAAUGACAAGAUUACCGACAUCGGACUUCCAGCAGAAUUAACCUUAUUUACAGUCCCUCCCAAUCAAGUAGCCGUAGAAAAAAUUUAUUAUUCGGAAUGCAGACCCGUAAGCUCCUUCGAUUCCGAGGAUGCUCCCAUCGAAAUUUCGGUACCCGGACAGGGAAACGAGUACAUAGAUUUAAGACGCAGUCGACUGUAUGUAAAAUGUAAACUCAUUAAAUCGGACGGUGCUGCUUUGGCCGCCCAGGAGAAGACCGGAAUUAUCAAUGUACCUCUGCAAUCAAUGUGGUCACAGAUCGACGUGUACAUGAAUGGAAAACUCGUUUCCCUCAACACCAGUUACUAUCCCUGGAAAGCUUAUCUGAAACUCCUUCUCUCCAGUGGAGGCGAUGCCACACAAUCGCAGUUACAGUCCCAAUUAAAUUAUUUGGACGACGACGACAUGGACAACCCCGACGCCUACGGUGGUUCUAACGGAGGACUAGCUAACCGAUAUUCCUUUACACAGCAGAGUCAUAUAUUUGAUAUGGAAGGUCCCUUGUACGAGGACGUUUUUAGAAUUGACAAAUACCUGGUUAACGGUGUGGACCUGCACUUAAAAUUGUUCAGGAAUACCGCUCCCUUUAUCCUUAUGAGCAAAGAAGCAAGCCCAAGUUACAAUUUACAGUUGUUAGAUGUUUCAUUUAAAGCUUGUAUGAUUAAAGUCGACAUUGGGGUACUGAUCAAUCAUGCCGAGAUACUGAAGGAAAAUACGACCAAGUAUCCUCUGACUAGAACCGAAGUCAUAAUGAGUACCUGUCCAAAGGGAUCUGGUUCCUUUAUCUGGCAGAACGUAUGGUCCAACAAUCUACCUACCAAAGCUCUUUUCUGUUUCGUGUCACAGACGGCCGUAAACGGUAACUACGAGAAAAAUCCCUUUAACUUUCAAAAUCUGGCAGAAGAAAUAGCUCUCUACGUCAAUGGGGAAAGCUUACCCUCUAGACCCAUGAAAAUUGAUACAGGAGUCAAUCAAAACUACAUCUCGCCUUUUGUCAAUCUGUUUGAAGUGGCAGAGAAAUGGAAUAAAGAUGCAAGUCUACAGAUUAAAAGAUUUAUGUUUGGAAAAGGGUAUGCCAUUUAUGCUUUUAGUCUGGCCCCUGACGAUCUGGGUGAGGAGUAUUUAAACCUGGUGAGACAAGGAAACGUAAGAUUAGAAGUGAAGUUUGCAGCCGAUACAGUCGAAACACUAAAUUGCUUGGCUUAUGCAGAGUUUCCGGCUCUCUUGGAAGUAGAUCAUUCACGCGACAUCAAAUACACCAAAGUAUGA